CAAGGAGAGGCAGAGAUUCAGGUGUCCAUCAGGUGUUGCUGCAAACACUGGUAAGCCAAUAAGAGACCAAUAACACAGCUACUCCGCAACAGAUGACAAUAUUCUCUGACAUGAUGUCUGGGGACCUGUUAAACACCCUAGAAGAUUUGGGAGAUGAAGAUUUUAGUAAAUUCAAGUGGUUCCUGCACCAGGGCGAUGUCCUUCGGGGCCGACCUGUCAUCAGGAAGAGCCGACUGGAAAUGUCAAAGCGACUGGAAACUGUGGACCUGAUGAUGCAAACCUACGAAGUUGCAGGAGCUGUGGAGGUCACCAAGGUGAUUUUAGAGAAGAUCAACAGAAAUGACCUGCUUCAGAGUUUGCCUGCCAAAAAUUCAAUAACAGAAGUGCAUGGCAAUGGUGGGAAGACUCCAAAGAAGAGAGGGGAUAAUGACGAUGGUGGCAAGACUUUGGAGAAGAGAGGGGAUGAUGAUGAUAGGGAGAAGACUAAGAAGAAGAGAGAGGAUGAUGACGAUGAUGGGAAGACUUCAAAGAAGAGAGGGAAUGAUGACGAUGAUGAUGAUGGUGAGAAGACUAAGAAGAAGAAAGGGGAAGAUGACGAUGGUGAGAAGACUAAGAAGAAGAAAGGGGAUGACGGCAGUAUUGGGAAGAUUAAAAAAAAGAAAGGACUUUUCUUCUCUAAGACUGAGGCUCCUACUUCUGAGACUGACGAUCUUACAGUUCCAGUACCAGAGCCGCAUCCUAUCACAUUUUACCAACAGAUGCUUCAAUCAAACUUCCAGGAUAAGUUUUUGGGUGCAGAAGAAGAAGAGUGGGCAAAAGAUACACAGCAUCUGGCUGAUAUCUACACAGAGCUGUACAUCACAGCCAGGAGUGACAUACACAUCCACACACAGCACGAGGUCCAAACAUUUGAGAAGGCAUGGAAGCCAACAGGAGCAGAGAAACCCAUCCAACCCACAGACUUGUUCAAACAUCCUUCUGAAGAAGACAAAAACAUUAAAACGGUGCUGACCAAUGGAAUCGCAGGAAUUGGAAAAACCUUCCUUGUCCAGAAGUUUGUGUUGGACUGGGCCGAAAAAAGAUCCAACCAAGAUGUGCAUCUGAUUUUCCCGUUCACCUUCCGUCAGCUGAAUCCGCUGAAGGGAGAAAAGUUCAGUUUGGCAGCGCUCAUUCAUGAAUGUAUCCCAGAAACUGCAGGCAUCACAGAGGAGGCUCUUAAUUACAUCUUUACAGCUUUGGAGUCAUCAGAAAACACCGACUAUGACAAGAGCAAAUUCAAACUUCUGUUUGUGUUUGAUGGACUGGAUGAGAGCCGUCUUCAUCUCGACUUUUAUGCUGACGACAAUCGUUCUGCUGAUGUAACAAAGUCAACAGAAACGGUUGUCCUGCUGAGGGAACUCAUCAAUGGAAAUCUGCUACACUCUGCUCACAUCUGGAUAACCACACGGCCUGCAGCAGCCAAUCAGAUUCCUCGAGAGUUUGUCAGCAAUAUAACAGAGGUCAGAGGGUUCACUGACCCCUGGAAGGAGGAGUAUUUCAAGAAAAGAUUCAAAGAUGAGGAACAGGCCAACAGGAUUGUCUCCCACAUCAAGACAUCACGAAGUCUCUUCAUCAUGUGCAACAUCCCAGUCUUCUGCUGGAUCACUGCUUCAGUUCUUGAGGAUGUGCUGAAAACCAGAGAGGGUGGAGAGCUGCCUAAGACCCUCACUGAGAUGUACACAGAGUUCCUGGUGUCUCAUAUUGAUCAGACAAAAGAGAACGAUGGCCCAGAGAACAGCAUUCAAUACAUUAAGUCAUUAGCAAAACUGGCUUUUCAUCAGCUAGAAAAGGGCAACCUGAUCUUCUAUGAGAAAGAUCUGAGUGAGAGCAACAUUGAUUUCAAUGAUGCCUCAGUGUGCUCAGGAGUGUUCACAAAGAUCUUCAGAGAAGAACGAGGAAGGAAAGGGAAAGAUAAGAUGUUCAGCUUUGUCCAUCUGAGUGUUCAGGAGUUUCUGGCUGCUCUUUAUGUAAGGAUGUCAUUUAUUAACAGCAACAAAAAUGUGAUGCCUUCACCACCACUGUCACUGAAAAACCUUCGACUGCUUUUAAGCAAAACAUCUUCUAAGAAGAUCCACAGGAUCUCCAUUGACAGGGCCUUACAGAGUCCAAAUGGACACCUGGACUUGUUCCUUCGCUUCCUCCUGGGUCUUUCAGUGCAGACCAACCAGUACAAACUACACAACCUAUUGAUCAAGACAGACAGCAACUUACUGGCCAAUCAGAAAACAACCCAGUACAUCAAGAAGAAGAUCAGUGAGAAUCUGUCUCCAGAGAGAAGCGUCAAUCUGUUCCACUGUCUGAAUGAACUAAAUGACUGUUCUCUAGUGGAGGAGAUCCAACAGUCCCUGAGAUCAGGAAGUCUCUCCACAGAUAAACUGUCUCCUGCUCAUUGGUCAGCUUUGGUCUUCAUCUUACUUUCAUCUGAAGAAGAUCUGGAUGUGUUUGACCUGAAGAAGUACUCAGUUUUUGCUUCAGAGGAUGCCUUUCUGAGGCUGGUGCCAAUAAUGAAAGAAGCCAGUAAAACUCUGCUGAGUGGCUGUAAUCUGUCAAAGAGAAGCUGUAGUGCUCUGUCCUCAGUUCUCAGCUCUCAGUCAUCCAUGUUGACAGAGCUGGACCUGAGUAACAAUGACCUGCAGGAUUCAGGAGUGAGGCUGCUGUCUGUUGGGCUGGGGACUCCACACUGUAGACUGGAAAGACUCAAUCUGUCAGGCUGUAUGGUCUCAGGAAAGGGCUGUACUUCUCUGGCCUCAGCUUUGAGAGCCAACCCCUACCAUCUGAGUGAGCUGGACCUGAGCUACAACCAUCCAGGAGACACAGGAACCAAGCUGCUUUCUGCUGGAGUGGAGCAUCAACACUGGAAACUUAAAACUCUCAGGCUGGAACAUGGUGGAGAACAGAGGCUGAAACCUGGUCUGAAGAAGUAUUUCUGUGAACUCACAGUGGACACAAACACAGCAAACAGAAACCUCAAACUGACUGACAACAACAGGAAGGUGACAGCACUGGCAUUGCAGCAGCCAUAUCCCACUCAUGCAGACAGGUUUGAUACCUGUCUUCAGCUGCUCUGUAAAUAUGGUCUGACUGGUCGCGUUUACUGGGAGGUUGAGUGGAGAGGAGUGGUUGAUUUAGCAGUGAGUUACAGAGGAAUCAGAAGGAGAGGAGAUAGUGUUGACUGCAAGUUUGGAUGCAAUAAUCAGUCAUGGAGUCUGAUGUGCUCUGAUGUUGAUCAUUACUCUGUGUGGCACAACAACAUAGGAAAAGACAUCUCCUCCUCCUCCUUCUCCUCUGUCUCAAACAGAGCAGGAGUGUAUUUGGACUGGCCUGCUGGCACUCUGUCCUACUACAGAAUCUGCUCUGGCUCAAAGACUCUCCUCCACACCUUCAAAACCACGUUCACUGAGCCCCUUUAUCCUGGAUUUGGAUUCUGUACAUUGUCAUAUGGUUCUUCUGUGUUUCUGAGUUCUCUGUAGAAGGAAGCGUCUCCCCUUAUGUAGAAAAACACUGAAAAUCAACUGUUUUUCAUGCAUUAAGGCUGAUGUUUG